GUGACAACCCUAACAGCGACAUGGAAACACAAACUAGCAUGAGAAUAAACAUGCAAAAACAGCAGCAGGACAGUUGUAUUGACUCUUGGCCCCUAGGGGACACCUCUGGGAAACCGAGUCACAGAACUGAACGUCAAGUUCACAUGUCCUUCCCGUGCCUCCUCUGCUUUGCCCCCUAAGAGGGCGUGCUUGUUCCCCGGCAGCCCAUUGGUGCACAUGGAAUUGAUCUGCCAGGCCAUCUGGACUAGCAGCAUUCGGCUGACUGGCUGGAAAAGUGUGUGACGUAAAGGAACAGGGUGCUGGACCUCCCAUAAUAUAACAGAAGGAAUUGGAAGCAAAAUAAAGCUGCAGAAAGGCUGGGAGAGAUACAGAGAGACAUAAGUGGCAGAAAGGAUCGAUAUAGAAAGAUCCACAUAAAGACUGCCCACGGAGCGGAGAGGCACAUUCAGUUCCCAGACUGAGAUGUUUCCUCUGGAUUCCCCAUGGAAUAUUUCCUUUGCCGGCUGCGGCUUCUUGGGGAUUUAUCAUAUCGGAGUUGCCAGUUGCCUGAAGGAACACACACCUUUUCUAGUGGAGAAUGCUAGAAAUAUCUACGGAGCCUCCGCCGGGGCUCUCACUGCUUCAGCACUAGUGAGCGGAGCCUGCUUGGGGGAAGCCGGGGCAAACAUAAUCGAUGUGUCCAAGGAGGCCAGGAAGCGGUUUCUGGGGCCUCUGCACCCGUCCUUCAACCUGGUGAAGAUCAUCCGGAACUGUCUCUACAAGACUCUGCCGGAAGACGCACAUGAAAAAGCCACAGGUCGUCUAGGGAUAUCCCUUACUCGGGUAUCUGAUGGGGAGAAUGUGCUGCUCUCCCAGUUUAAUACCAAAGAAGAGCUCAUCCAGGCCUGUGUCUGCAGCACUUUUAUACCAGUUUACUGCGGCCUGAUCCCUCCUUGUCUGCAGGGUGUGAGAUAUGUGGAUGGCGGCAUUUCGGAUAACCUGCCUCAAUAUGAGCUGAAGAACACGAUCACCGUGUCCCCGUUUUCUGGGGAGAGUGAUAUUUGUCCCCGGGACAGCUGCACCAACCUCCAUGAGCUCAGGGUCACCAACACCAGCAUCCAGUUUAACCUCAGCAAUUUGUACCGACUGUCUAAAGCCUUGUUUCCUCCUGAGCCACAGGUACUUAAGGACAUGUGCAAGCAGGGAUACAGAGAUGCUCUACAUUUCCUCAAGAGGAAUGGAUUGUUAAACAGACCUCAGCCUGGCAGGCCUCUUGCACUUCCGGCUCCUGAAAAUAUAGCCAAUGAGAAUGAAGAGAGUAGAGCAAGGGAGGAGCCUGAAGAAGACAGCGCAGCAGUGCAGGCAGCUGAGGAUCACAUAUUUGAGCAUCUGCCUCAAAGACUUAACCAAGCUCUUCUGGACUCUUGUAAAGAAAAGCGCAGUGUUUAUCUGUCUAUUUCCAACCUGCUGCCUGUGCGUAUGGCAUCUGCACUCAUGUUGCCGUAUACUCUUCCCCUGGAAUCAGCUGUAUCUUUCACCGUCAGACUCCUGGAAUGGCUUCCUGAUGUUCCUGAAGAUAUUGAGUGGAUCAAGGACCAGACCAGAAAAGUGUGUCGCUAUGUCCUACUCAAUGCAAAGAAACAGCUGGGAAACCGUAUCACAGCCAGGCUUUAUUACCACUUGGAGCUGAGGCGAGCCCAAAGCCUCUCUGUCCCCCUGGCUUUUAGUUCCAGUGACUGUUUGCCCAGGUGGAUAAGAACCAGUACUUCUCUCAUGGACGUGAUGCAGAAAUGGGAUGAAUAUCAAAAGCAGUUGAUGCCAGGACUCUUCUGUAUCAAUGUUGACAUGCAAGCCACUCUCUAUCGCCUUCAGCAAGAACCUUCUCUUUCUAUAGACCCCAACAGCCUGAUAAUGGUUGAUGUGAGCAAAGAGAGAAGUAGUGAGACUUUUUGAUGGCCAAUGUGCCAAAGUAGACAUUUAAAUGUCUAGCAACGACCAUCUUCCUGAUGCAGGUUUAUAGAAGGCAAUGGACAUUUCUCUGUGCUUGAAGUGGUCUAGAUAUGGUCUUCUCUCGGGCCUAACUCUGUUGGAGUUGAUAUUCACUCUAAGUUGGAUCAAGACUUCACAAAGCCAAUUUAUGAAACCAAGUUAUGAAACCAUCUUCAAAAACGACAUCCGUGUGGCUUUAGUGAAUUUCACCAGGACGUUCUCAGGAGGAGUAAAAACACAAAGCCUUCAGUGAAGAUGGGUUUCAAACCCUACAAGGACCAUGAUGGUGGUGAUCAUCAUAACAACAUGGAUGUUUGAUGGUAGUAGCAACAGUCUGAUAUUUUGCCAUUAUCAAAAUAACUGUAUAUGAGGUGUUUUAACCUCAUGUUUAAACUACAGGCUGUAUUGCCAAUACAAGAACAUUUAAAGGAUAAGUAAACCUUUAAAAUAAGUGAAUGUAAAAUUGAUGAGGGGA